AUAUUCCCUGAUGCUACAGUGUUGGGCAAAAGAUCCUUGCAAUCGUCCGGAUUUUCCAACGUUAUGUGAGCUUUUAGGAGCAUUAGCCAAAGAUCAUCAGAAAUACUUAAAUCUAAAGGAAUACGACCAACGACUCUACGUCAACGUUCCUACCGUCAAUGAAGAAAUGAGUGAUUAAUUAGCCAUCUAGGUACUACCGUCUUCAUAGUUAUGCAGUGGGACGCCUUUCCAUACAGAAAAAAGUACUAGUCAUUUAAUCAUAUCUAGGCUAAAAGCCGGCCCCCAAACGCUUUAUUUAUUAAUCAAAUCCCCAAAACUUGAUAUCGGAGACCCGAUCGUGAUAACAAGAUCAACCAAUGAAAGACCCUGCAGCCAGAGAGGCAAACAGCUAAUUUUGAAUUCCAUUACAAUAUGAGUGCUCCAGUUAUUUAAACUAUAAUCCUAAUGUAAGUCUAAUGUAUUUUUAUAUAUCUAGUUAAUGGUGAGCAAGAACUCCAGAAGGAAAUCUAUAUAGGCAGAAGGAGUAGAUGUGUGUUUACAUCACAUUAGAGUAUAUAAUCUGCAUUUUUAUUCAAAUAUUUCAAUUCCAAAAUAAAAAGUCAAACCACA